AUGUGGAACUCACGCAAAGUCGGCGUCCUCGGCGGCGGGCAGCUGGGCCGCAUGUUCGUUGAAUCCGCCAACAGACUCAACGUCCAAGUCAACGUCCUCGAUGCGGAGAACUCCCCGGCCAAGCAGAUCAGCGCCCACGACGGCCAUGUCACCGGCUCAUUCAAGGAGCGCGAGGCGGUCCGGGAAUUGGCCAAAACGUGCGACGUUAUCACCGCGGAAAUCGAGCACGUCGACACCUAUGCGCUCGAGGAGGUUGACUCCCAAGUCCAGAUUGAGCCCAGCUGGCAGGCCAUUCGCACCAUCCAGAACAAGUUCAACCAGAAGGAGCAUCUUGCAAAGCAUGGGAUCCCAAUGGCGGAGCACCGCGAGCUCUCUGAAAACACACCGGAGCAAUUGGCCAAGGCCGGUGAGGAGUUAGGAUACCCGUUAAUGCUGAAGUCGAAGACCAUGGCCUACGAUGGACGUGGUAACUACCGCGUCAACUCCAAGGACGAUAUCGCCGAUGCCCUCGAGUUCCUGAAAGGCCGCCCAUUAUACGCAGAGAAGUGGGCAUACUUCCAAAAGGAACUCGCCGUGAUGGUCAUCAAGACCAAGGACGCCGUCCUCUCCUACCCAACCGUCGAGACCGUCCAAGAAGACUCAAUCUGCAAGCUCGUCUACGCGCCCGCCCGCAACGUCCCCGAAUCCAUCAACCAGGCCGCCCAAAAACUCGCCCGCAAGGCCGUCGCAACCUUCGAAGGCAAGGGCGCAUUCGGCGUGGAAAUGUUCCUCAUGAACGACAACAGCCUCCUCCUUUGCGAACUCGCCUCCCGCGUCCACAACUCCGGCCACUACACCAUCGAAGGCACCGCCCUCUCCCAAUUCGACACCCACCUCCGCGCCAUCCUCGACCUGCCCAUUCCCCCCGAGAGCCUGCAACUCCGCCAACCCUCCAUCAUGCUCAACAUCAUCGGCGGCAGCGAACCAGACACACACCUCAAGGCCGCCGAGGCCGCGCUCGCCAUCCCCAACGCCGCCAUCCACCUGUACUCCAAGGGCGCCGCUAAGCCCGGCCGCAAGAUGGGCCACAUCACAGUCACGGCACCGACAAUGGCCGAGGCAGAGAAGUACAUCCAGCCGCUCAUCGACGUCGUCGACGAGAUCCGCGCCCAGCGGCCCGACAUCAAGACGAAGCCCGCUCCCUCCGGCGUCUCCAAGCCCGCGCCCCAGGUGGCCGUGAUGAUGGGCUCCGACAGCGAUCUCAAGACCCUCGUCCCUGGUCUCAAGCUGCUACGUGAUGAAUUCGGCAUCGAACCCGCCGUGGAUAUCACCUCCGCCCACCGCACACCCACCUUCAUGGCGGAGUACUCCGCCUCCGCAGCAGCCCGCGGCAUCAAGGUGAUCAUCGCUGCUGCUGGCGGUGCCGCUCACCUGCCCGGCAUGGCUGCAGCGCACACGGCGCUCCCUGUCAUCGGCGUCCCGGUCAAGGGGUCUUCACUGGACGGUGUGGAUAGUCUUUACAGUAUUGUGCAGAUGCCCCGCGGAGUCCCCGUGGCGACGGUCGGAAUCAACAACAGCAUCAACGCCGCGCUGCUGGCGGCCAGGAUCAUCGGCGCUUUUGACCCGGCUGUGCAGCGCAAGGUUGAGGCGUAUGCUGAGAAGGCUCGCGAGGAGAACAUGGAUGUGAAGAAUGUCAAGAUGCAGGAUCUGGGUUGGGAUGAGUACUUCAAGCAGAUGUAA